CAAGGACGGCGAAGAUUAAAGGGCUCACCCAGCACAGGAUCGCAAAAUCCGCCUUCGUCUUCAAGCUCCUUCCCAAAACCCUAGACCUUCAUUUCUCUCACUCUUUCUCUGCUAAUCAUUCCGGCUCGCCAUGGCGCUUCUCAAUCGCCUCCGCCACGCCUUCCCUUCGAACUCGACUUACAUGAACUAUCGUCUUCACUACCGAUCUCUCUCGUCAAUCCUUUCCCCUGAUUCCGCUAAUCCUAUGUCAGCAAAACAGAAAUCAAGGGCCGCACUUUCCCUGCUGAAAGCCGAAGAUAAUCCUGAGCGUAUAAUCGAUAUUUGCCGCGCCGCUACUCUCACUCCAGAAUUACACCUCGAUCGCAUCGCUUUCUCUGUUGCCAUUUCCAAGCUUUCAGAGUCCAAGCACUUCGAUGGAAUUCGCCGGUUCCUUGAGGAAUUGAAGUCUCGCCCCGACCUCAAAAACGAGCGUUUCGCUUGCCACGCUAUUGUUCUCUAUGGUCAGGCCAACAUGCUUGAUCACGCUAUUCGUGCUUUCAAGCAAAUUGACGAACUGGGUGUGCGUCACUCGGUGAAAUCGCUCAACGCAUUGCUCUUUGCUUGCAAUUUAGCUAAGGACUACAAGGAACUGAAGCGAGUUUAUAUGGAGUUCCCUAAGAUUUAUGGAAUCGAACCAGAUCUCGAAACGUAUAACAGAGUAAUUAAGGCGUUUUCAGAGUCGGGUUCGUCGAGUGCUGUGUAUUCGAUAGUGGCGGAGAUGGACAGGAAGGAUGUCAAGCCAAAUGCGACCACUUUUGCGAAUUGGCUGGCUGGAUGCUACAAGGAAGAGAAGUACGAGGAUGUUGAGAAGGUAAUAAAGUUGAUGGAAAAAUAUGGCGUGCGGCGUGGAGUUGGUAUAUAUAAUGCAAGGAUACAGAGUCUUUGUAAAUUGAAGAAGUCCUCGGAGGCGAAGGCCUUAUUUGAUGGGAUGUUGUCGAGAGGUAUGAAACCAAACUCUGUCACAUACUGCGAAUUGAUUCAUGGGUUCUGUAAGGAAGGAAAUCUGGAUGAAGCUAAGAGUCUCUUUAAGAGAAUGAUCAACAGCGGUUGCCAACCGGACAGUGAUUGCUAUUUCACUAUGGUUUUCUUCCUUUGUCGUGGAGGGGAUUAUGAAACAGCAUUAAAGAUCUGUGGGGAAAGCAUGGAGAAGGGGUGGGUUCCAAAUAUUACUACAAUGAAGUCUCUUGUUGAUGGGCUGGUUAGCAUUUCGAAGGUCGAAGAGGCAAAGCAACUUAUUGGGCAAAUCAAGGAGAGGUUCUCAAAGAAUGUUGAGAAGUGGAACGAAAUUGAAGCCGCAUUACCUCAGUGAAGAAAUUCUGGGGUAAUGUGAAACCACCAUCUUCAAUACCAAGCGAGCGUUGAGGGAAAUACUAGAGAAUGCGGCAUAUUCUUGGCUUAAACUAGUCACCCUCUGCAUAUGUUUUACAUUGGUACAGUUAAUUGUUUUGAAAUGAAGCUGUACUCAAAAGGGAAUUUUUAUGACAUUGGUUAUGCAGUCAAGUCCACUUCUGAGAGGACAUUUUAUCCUUGACGCAGAGCCAAAAGAAUUCUAAUGUCAAGUUUUAUGCUCUAUCUUUUCUGCUGGUUGAAAUUUGUAAUGCUGUAGUUAUGUGAAUUCUCUCGCUAUUGGUAGGUUUUUCCAUCUGCUCAAAGACGUGGGAAAAUGGGCUUGAUAUGUGGUGGUGGCUGUCCUGUUAGCAAUUUAUUUACUGACGGAAACCAGAUUGUUUUUAAGCAAUUUUGUAUGUCAAUAAAGAGAGAAACUUGACAUUGGUUUAUUUAA